GAGAGUUUGUAAUGCUUGUCAUUUUAUUUCCACCGGACUACACUUCCGGUUUGGAGUAGUUAAAUCGCGCGGCAUGGGGACAUUUGAGGUUAUAAAUUGUAUCUAUGUUACCUUUUGAGCGUACGCUUUUGAAAAAGUAAUAAUCUAUCAAUGUGAGUUGCGCGAUAUUCUACAACUAUAGAAAAAUAAAGGUAUAUUCAUAUGGACUGGGGAAACCGACAGGGUUUCAUGACAGAAACUUACGGUUAGUGAAUCCCGAAAAUUGGUUGGUUGGAAGGAAACCAGCAACCGCUUUUGUGGUGGUAAAUCUUAAAUAGGGUUAAAAACACGCGUGGAGAAAAGAUGGCGAGUACAUGUUGCUCCGCGUUUUCUCCGGACGGUAAAUACUUAGCGUAUUGUGGCAGUGAUGGAAAAUUGAAGAUUUGGGAUACUGCUACGAGCCUAUUAAAACAAGAAUAUGUACCAAAUUUACAUCUGUCAUCACCCUGCAGUGUCCUCGCAUGGAUCCCAGUUAGCCGUCAAUCAAACAGCAAUUCGACUUCUCCAUGGAAGAAGCGCAGGAGAAAAUCUACAACGGAAGAAGGGGAGGAGACAGGGAUAGUCGCUAUGGGUUCGGUUAAUGGAAAUGUUAUUUUAUGGGAUACCGCAACAGCCUCUGUUAGUAAACAGCUACAGAAUGGUCACGCAGGAAUUAUCACGGCCAUCACUUGGUCAGAUUCUAAUGGUUUAUUCACAUCAGCCGAAGAUAAGCAAAUCGUUGAAUGGAAUGUUAAAGAAAAUGGAAUAAAAUCGAAGUGGAAAUCUGGAAAGCAUAAAAUCACAGCCCUAACUGUCCUGACCAAUCAGAAUUCGCUCAUUUCUGCUAGUAAGAUCAUCAAGUGGUGGGACCUUGCUACCAAACGUCUCAUUACAAGCUUUACCGGUCAUGCUUCGGAGAUAUCUCUGUUAAAUCCUAUUACAAUGAAAGAUGAUAUUAACUAUCUUGUCAGCGGAGCCAAUGGAGACAGACAACUCAACGUUUGGGCUUUAAAUAAGGACAAUACAGAUAAGAAUUCCGUAGCAAUACUCGCAAUGCCAGAUGACCCUGUUUCGGUAUCAACGCAUGUUAAUGAAGAAUCACAAAUAGAGGUUUUAGCUGUAACAAGAUCUGGUACAGCGCAUUUAUUCAAACACCAGCCAAAUGGACGAAGUUCCAAGCCUUUGAAACCAGUUCUUGCUGUUGUAAUUGCAUCGAAUCGAGGUCAGAAAGAAUCCUCGUCACAGAUCUCAAUCCUCAGUGGAAAGAUAUGGGAAGAUUCAAGAUUGCUUCUAGCAUAUGGUUCCCCCUUGGGAAUGAUGUUUGAAAAAGUAGUUCCAGACUUUUCUGAAAAAUUGCAAUGUCUAGUGAGGUCAGAAAGGAAGAAAUCAACGAAACAAGAUCGAGAGUUUUCCAAGUUGAAAGCCACAGAGGUUGAUGGAGACGUGGAGUAUCUGGUCGCAGGAACACCUACAACCUUGAAAAGGAAUAGAGGCAGUGCGGCUGGCCUACAAUUACCAAUGGAAAUUAGAUUAGAAAAUCUUAGUCUCAAAACUUCCACUAAUACACCUGGUGAAACGCCUACGAAAGCGACGAAUAUGGCGCAACUGCUUAUGCAGGGAUUACAAAGUAAAGACAAAGUUAUACUCCGAGAGGUAUUAAUGAGGCGAGAUGAAACCCUAAUAAAAAAUACAGUUGCGGGAAUGCCAGUUCAGACAAUCGUCCCUCUGCUGAAAGAGCUCACCGCUAUGCUACAAGGAAAAUUAUACGUGAGCAAAAUAACAAUCACUUGGUUAAAAAUAUUGGUACAAACGUUCGCUGGGCAUCUACUUUCAUAUCCAGAUAUUGGUGAUUUAUUAGGGCCAAUUUUAGGGACUGUUGAUGAAAAAGUCAACCUACUACCACAAUUGUGCAGGCUGAAGGGUCGACUGGCUCUUGUGACUGGACAGAUUUCGCAAGCGAGUCAAAAACAAGACAAACUCAACGAACCGAGCCUACUCGUUUAUCAAGAACCAGAUUCCUCUGACGAUGACAGUGAGGUGGAAGAAUUGCCAUCGGGAAGCGAAUCUGACGAAAUUUGGGAAGAGGCUUCCGAUGAGGAUAUGAAUCAAGAUGCAGAUAUUGCCAACGAUCAACACGAUGACGACAAUAUUUCCAUGUCCGAUUGAACGAUCAAGAAAAUCAAACUGAGGUAAAUAUUUCACAAACAAAACAAAAACCUGGAUAAUUUCAUCUAGGUAAAAACUUUCGGAAAAACAUUGCCAACUCCGUCAUUUCACUCUAUGCAUUGUCCUCUAUCAGUCGGCCCAAAAUUUGACAUCAAUAACUCGAAUGUGGAAAUUUCUGUAUCAUAUUAUUUCGAUGUAAAUAUAAAUCGUACUCUUUUCGUAUGAUUAAAAAAAAAAUUCCGAAUCUUCUGGCUUGGACUGAAUAUGCAUCUUUGUUUGUUGUAAAUAAUGAAAGUAAUAAAUAUGAGUGUAUGCAGUCCAACUUGCUAUUUUAGCAUCUGCUGCUGUACUUACACGCUGGUUAUAAGGAUCGCUAAGCAAAUACGUUAAUUAACUAUGUAGAAUCCCUUCAUACAGAAACAUCCAGAUAUCGAUCAGAUUAUCGAAUACCACAUAUUUUGUAUGUAAAUUCUACUACGCACGUGUGAGUGGACAUAAUGUAAUUCCGAUAAGUUGAUUGCCAUUUUUUUUUUCUAUAAUUUAGAAAAAAAAAUUAUAGAACCAUGGAAAGUCUCGCGAAUUUGGAUUCCAUAUAAUAUAACUGUUAUUAGUUUUUGAAUAAUUAUUCCCGAAAAUAUUCACCACUUUCGAAGAUCUACCGACCGUUUUUGAACGCACAUGAUUUGUUCGCUCGAUCAUUGUUCGAGUGACUAAUUUUUGGUUGAAUAAUGACAUGAAUAAUCCAAAGUGGAUUCUGUUAAAUGAGGAAUUUCUCUCAGGUAUUUUAAAUCAAUGGAAUUUUGGAACUUUACCUGUUUGUGGUAUUUUAUUAUCAAUGAUUGGUAAAUAUAUUAUGCUACAAGAACGAAAAA